AGCUAGUAGAUACAAAUCGACCCCGUAACCUAUUUUAGGGUGCAGUCUUGAAACAACGGACGACCUUCAAACUAAAACGAUAACCGCACAAUAAGUAUUUACGUGGGAAAAGAACUGUUUUAGUACUUGCACGUCAGCACUGUCAGACAACCGUCGGUUCCACGAUGUCCAGGUAUCGGAAGAACAAGAGACAACUGCAGCAAGACCGACCAGCGUCCGUGCACCGUCAACAGUCUUUGGGGCGUCUACAGCACUGGUACAGCCACAAGCCGGUGGUCACUGUCGAUCAGUUGCACAAGUACCGGCGGAAGGAGUUCGGUACCGGACCUGACGGGGUCGCAGCACCGCCACCUCAGCCUCCGAUCAGCUUGUCGGCCAGCCCGUCGUUUGACACCGAAUACAGGUGUCGUUUCGAACCACCGUACCGGACAGCUGAGGAAAUGAGCAACAACAGACGACACGCGGCAGUGCCCAAAGAUGAGCUGCAGGUGGAAGGUGAAGCCGAGUUCAGUGCCGAGUACGCCGAACGGUACCAAGACGGGCCCAGGGAACGGAACGUGGCCUGCCGACAGGGAAGUCACAUUGGGCCAUUUGUGUGCGCGGACGACCCGGCACCGGAAGGCGUCGGCGGCGGCGCCCGGUCCGAACAGCACGACCAGUAUGUGCCACAUCCGGAAGGCCGGCGGGCGGACAACCUGAGACCGGGCACCGGGUUGAGGAUGGACGAGGGGCUGAUGGACGGCGAGACCGAGCAGAUGGCCAACUAUCGCAAGUAUCCGGUCACGCCGCAUCCGGACGUCACCGACCAAGACCAGAACGAAGGGACCGCGCCGAAGGAAUCGAGUAGUCCAACCACUGCAAGACGGCAGCCGUUCGACGAGAGUAUGAAGGAAAUGGUCCUGACGCGGGACAGCGGCAUGUUGCUUCGGCCCGCGCGGUUCUUCGCCGGUGGACCGCCUCGAACCGAACGUUCCAGGCGCUUUGUAAAAAAACCGGCGUUCCGUCUGGAAGUAGUGAACUGCACAGCUAGUGGUGGCGCAAAGAAGGUCGAUCGGACGGACGCGUUCGUGGUGCUCAUGGAUAACGAUGAUUCGCCACUUCCGUCUGGUACCGGCAUCGGCGGCGGCAAUAGGUGGGUGAAGAGGAGGCAGCGAAAAAUGGGCACCGUGCGGUUUUUCGACGACAGACUAGCUCGUUUGCCGGCCACCGACACUGGAAAAACCAUACAGUAGACGAGACGACCACAGCAUCUAUUGUAACCUAUAUUAUUAUACCUGUUUAAACAUACAAUCCUCGUCCGCGUCCGUUCACCCGAGAGAUCCACGUACACGUCCGUCGAAAGAUACAUUUUUGCAAAUACCCGUAGACCCUAAUAUUAAAAAAAUGUUCAAUAAUAUUGUUACCUGUUGAUCGUACAUAUUGUUGUGACCAAAUAUA